AAUAUAAACUGUUAAUUCAACGUUAAAACAACAACAGACAUUACUUCAAUCAUAUUUCACCCACAUUUAAAUGUUGAAGGUCGGUUGUAUGCCAGCUUGGCAAGUCUGUGUCUCGAACUUUGUACAUGUCUGAUAUAAUAUGAUUUUUUAAUGUUUAGUUUCCUUAAAGUCUAAACAACCUGCCGGCGUUAGGACCCCGUGGCUAUGCUAAGGAACUCCCCGUUGCUGUGUGUGUGUGUGCGUGUGUGUGUCAGUGCGCGCGGCGCUGCAGUAUUUACACUGAGUCUCUGAGUGACCGGGGGCUGCAUUAGUGCUGCGCUGUGAGCGGAAUGACCACAACCUCAGCACGCUGACAAAGCGCGAGAGAGCACGUGGUGAGGCUCGUCCUGUAUAAAUCUCACUGCCGCUCGCUCUGCUGGUGUGUGUGUGUGUGUGAGAGAGAAAGAGUGUGUGAGUGACUUUGAAGGGAGUGAGUGUGAGUGCUUGCGCAGCCGGCCUUCAGAGGAAGAUGCGUGUGCCUAGUGGUGCUUUUCGGUUGGAGGCGAUGGAGAGAGGAUCGUGAGCGGCGGUGCGCGGUGAACGGACACUAACUGAAGAGGCGCUACGUCUUGUUGUUUGUUGCGGGCCUCUAUAUCUCUAUUUAUCUUUUUUUUUGCGAAACAGUGGAUAGUGUGUGUGUAAGUGUGUGUUUGUUGAGUUGAGUGCCUUGGCGUGGGUGGGUGUUUAUGUGCGUAAAAGUGCGCGCGCGUGUGUGUUUGUGUGUAUGUACGCGCGAGUGCGCGAGAUGCCCUGAGAGGCGGCGUAAAAUCGCGUGUAACUUUUGAGGGUUCGUGGGCGCGAGCGCGGUGCCUGGGAUGAGCGGAUUUCUUCAUCACUCUUGUCAUCAACGUCAUUAUCAUCAUCUGCAUCACCAGCAGCAUCCUCAGUCUCAUCAUCACUGUUAUCUUCAUCAUCAUCUUCAACAUAACCAUCAUCAUCAUCAUCAUCAUCAGUAUCCGAGCCCUCUCCGCGCGCACACUGGAUCCCAGUGGAAUCUGCGGAACGUUCCAGGAGUUCCUUUCCGUUCCCCCCAAUAAGCCUCGGGUGUAGCCCCCUAAACUACAGCUAUACAGCCCAUCUACACUGUUCCAGCGCGCGCACAGAUGCGUGCAGUCUCCGGUCUCCCGUCCGCAGCGCGCGCAUCCCACCUCCUCUAACCCUCGCUACCUUCUUGCCAAUCUUCUCCGAGACUCAUCUUUUUUUUUUUUUGCUGGACUGUUGAAAACUGUCUAGGCCGGUGCGCGUUGUUGGAUACGGGGAACGGGGAAAGCGCGCGAGGAGGCAGAAAGACGUGUUCGGACCCCCAACCCCGCCAUGAACGUCUACGUGCUCACCCUGCUGCUCGCGCUGGAGCUGGCGCCCGCGGCGCGCGGCCUCUCCACGUGCAGCACGCUCGACAUGGACCAGUUCAUGAAGAAGCGCAUCGAGGCCAUCCGAGGGCAGAUCCUCAGCAAGCUCAAGCUCACCAGCCCGCCCGAGGAGUACCCGGAGCCGGAGGACGUGUCCCGGGACAUCAUCGCCAUCUACAACAGCACGCGCGACCUGCUGCAGGAGAAAGCCAACGAGCGCGCCGCCACGUGCGAGCGCCAGCGCAGCGAGGAGGAGUACUACGCCAAGGAGGUGCACAAGAUCGACAUGCACCGCUUCGACCCAAACGGGAAUUCCAUCCCUCCGAACCACUACAACCCUUACUUCAGACGGCUCAGGUUUGAUGUGAGCCCCAUGGAGAAGAACGCCUCCAACCUGGUGAAAGCUGAGCUGAGGAUCUUCAGGCUGCAGAACCCCAAGGCCCGUGUGCCUGAGCAGCGCAUUGAGCUUUAUCAGAUCCUGGCCCACAAGGACCUGACUUCGCCCACACAGCGCUACAUCGACAGCAAGGUGGUGCGGACCAACACGGAGGGCGAGUGGCUGUCGUUUGAUGUGACGGAGGCGGUCAGCGAAUGGCUUCUACACAGAGACAGAAACAGUGGAUUCAAGAUCAGCCUGCACUGUCCCUGCUGUACGUUUGUGCCGUCAAAUAAUUACAUCAUCCCAAACAAGAGCGAGGAGUUGGAGGCCCGCUUUGCAGGGAUUGAUGAUAGCAUCUCUGGUGUAGGUAAAAAGCGUCGCCCGCACUUGUUGCUCAUGCUGCUUCCUUCCUACCGCCUGGAGUCCCAGCACAAGAGCCACAGACAGAAACGAGCUUUGGAUGCUGCUUUCUGCUCCAGGAAUGUCCAGGACAACUGCUGCCUGCGCUCGCUCUACAUCGAUUUCAAGAGGGACCUGGGAUGGAGGUGGAUCCAUGAGCCAAAAGGCUACAAUGCCAACUUCUGUGCCGGAGCAUGUCCUUAUCUCUGGAGUGCAGACACUCAACAUAGCAAGGUCCUUGGUCUAUAUAACACCAUAAAUCCAGAAGCGUCGGCCUCUCCAUGCUGUGUAUCCCAAGACUUGGAGCCUCUUACUAUCCUUUACUUCAUUGGCAAGACUCCCAAAAUUGAGCAGCUUUCCAACAUGAUCGUCAAGUCCUGCAAAUGCAGCUAGGAACUGGCUACAGCUGCACAAAGACAUCCACACACACAAACACACACAUAUACGCAUACACAUGCACACACAAACACGCACACAUUCAUACAUACACACAAUAAUUUAAAUUCAGUCACAAACGGCUCACGCAGGUAUAGAAAGCACUGUGCAGGCAGGGUACCAUGGAAUAUAAAUCAAUGUAUUCCUAUAACCAGCAAAUGCAUUCAAACAAAGGAUACCCAGGCAUGCAUGCAGAGCCAUUGCCUUGCACUUGUGUACAGUAUAUGCGGGUGUGGGUAUGUGUGUGUGUGUGUGUGUGUGCUGGGAAAAAAAAAAUGGCCUCAUAAGCACGUCUCAUCUCACACACUCGUAUCACACCAGGACGUGAGCAUGGAAAACACUGGAAGUACAUGAUGUGUCUACAUGUGAAGUAGAAGAGAGAAUCCCUCAUUUCAGCAAGCAAUUAUGGAAAAUCCCUUCUUUUUAUUAUUAAUAUUAUUAUUUCUUUCCUUUCUUUACCUGUGCGUCCCUCAGAACUGUAGAGAUGUGUUGUUUUUUAUUGUUUUCUUCUUAUUUGAAAGCUGGAUUUGGUUCUUUGGGGUCGUCGAUGACCCUAGGACUAUGAGCGACCAUGUUCGUCCUGUUCUUCUGUCAAAAGGGACACAGAGAGAAAAAAGGAGGACUGAAAAUAGCUUAGCUGAAUGGAAUAUCAGGGCUUACCAAGAGGAGAUCAAGACACUUCCACCGAGCAAGCUACACAUCCAGCUUUGUGCUGAGUCACUGGCUGUGAACUACGACUGCAGCAGGUGUGAAGAAUGCCUCGUAACGUGUUCAGUGUUUGGGUUUGUCGCAUAAAAAAGGAAAAAAAGAUCAACAAAGUUGCCUGUCGAGGAGCUCUGGAAGUGUGUGAAUGAAGAGCCCUGGAAGUGGAGAAGGCAUAGCCAUGGAGAGAGUGGGAGUGAUUGGUAAAUACAGUGAAAUGCAAGAGUUGACUUUGUUUAUGCAUCUUUAAUACAAAUCAGACCAUAGAACAUAAUUGUAUACACACCUGCCACAAUUGGAAAACACUGACAUACACACACACACACACACAAACACAUACACAUUCUAAAGGGCGGAUUUCUUUUUGGGAAGGAGUUGAAGCACCAACAGCACAUUUCAACACUUUUAUUUAGGCCUCUUUUGGGAUUUUUUUUUUUUGAUCACCCCCUAAAUCUGCUAGUGUUAAAUCAACUCACAGGGUUCAUUUAACUCUAUCAGUGUUGACACUGUUUAACACUGGCUAAUUUACUGUGUCAACUUACUAUUAAAUCAGUAAAUGUGAUUAGGUACACUUCAUAAUCUGAUUUCUGCAGAGCAUCUGUGUUUGUCAGUUAUACAACUAUUUUGUUUGCUUGAACUUGAGUAAUCAGAUAAUGGGAAAACUCUGAGUUGGUAAAAAAUCAAUGAGUUAAUAACUCAAGUGGGCUCAACAUGAACAUACACCAGCCAGAAAAUGAAGAUCAUGACUGAGAAAUCUGAGAAUACAGUACCAAUCAAAGGUUUGGACACACCCCUUCUCAUUCUGUGUUUUUUAUUAUUUCUAAAGUACACAUAUGAAAUUAUGUAGUAAACCAAAUAUGUGUUUGUGCUCCACAAUUCCCUGAUCUAAACCUGAUCAACUGAGAUGGUGAUUUGAGGUGAUUUAGGAUGAGCUGGAGCUUCACAGCAUGAAGGAAAAGCAGCAACUACUGCUCAGCACCUCCAGAAACUCCUUCAAGACUCUGAGAAAACUAUUCCAGGUGACUCUACCUCAUGAAGACACUGAGAUUAAAAUACUAAGAAUCACAAAGACCUAUAAAACAUAUUUUGGUUUCUUAAGCACAUUUUGUUUCCAAUAAUAACCUUAAAGUCUUCAAUAUUAAGUUUACUAUGCAAAAAAAAAAUAAUCAAAGAAAGAAAGCACAGUGAAUGAGAAGAGGUAUAUGCAGACUUUUGACAGGUACUGUAUAUGGACAGAGGAAUAUGAUUAGCCAAGAGCUAAGCUCUCUUUAUUGGAUUUCUUAUUCAGAUUUUAGCUCAGUAAUCAUAUUCCCCAGUCCAUUAAUACUUUUGACCAGACUAUUCACAGAUUUCUUGGUCUGUUUCUUGCAUAUGUAAAAAAGACCAUGUUCAUAGUGUACAUGUGCACAUGGACUGAGAAAUACAAUUGCUGAGCUAAAAUCCAGAUUCUUUGAUCAGAGAGAGUAUGCUGUUUACAUGACUACUUGAAUAUACAGAUAACUGCAGUCAUUCACUUAUAAUCGGAUUAUGAAGUGCAUGUAAACGCAUUGUUGGGCAAUCCUGUUACUCAAUCCUGGUUUUGGAGACACCCUGUUACCACAUAUUGUAUUGCUUAUCCUUCCUCCAACAGAUUGAUUCUUGAAACUGAUCAUUUAAUAAGUCCUACCAGUACUAGUGUCAGAGGUUGUGUAAAAGGGGAAAAGGAUGCCUCUAGUACCAUGAAUAAAAAAAGACUGUUGUACUAAUUUAAUGAUUAAUGAUCACAUCUUUAGAGAGGUACCGAGAGCAGGGUCACAGCAGGUGAUGAGGGGUAACAGAGAGAUGGACGGGUGUCGUGUCAGAUGAAGGGCAGGAGGACAGAAGAAGGAUUUUGGAAAAGUGAUGGAGAGCAUGUAGACGUCUUGCAUGAUGUCUGCAACGUCUCGCUUUAAUAAUGGGGGUCAAUAAGAGACGAGCACAUCCAAGUGAGCCUGUUUUACAAUGUGGCAUCAGCAUCAGCAGUGAGUGGGUUUAGAAGGCUACACUAUUUGAUUUACUGAAGCGCUGGAACAACCAUGAACACAAAAUACAGGCCAUUAGAAAAAAAUUGCGCCACACUCAAAUCAAAGAACAGAGCCCUUAUUUUAUUUGUGUAUUUGUGAGUUUGUUCCCCCUUUUCUGAGGAACAAAGAUUCUUUCAUACGAUGAAUUGCACUGACUGUAUUUUACAUCUACCUUUUUAUUUGUAACUUUUGUUCAUUUGUUUGUUUACUUCUUUGUUUUAUAGUCAUUGCUUUCCCCAAGUGUUAAUUAAAAGUGUUAGGACAGGGCAGGGUGUGGCUUGUCGGUAGAAAUCGCCCUGCUUUGAGACAGAAAACUGAUAAAAAAAAAAGAUCAGUGUAGAACCAAUAUUUCUCACCAACCCCCUAUAAUAUGUAGGUGACACUACGCCACAGCCCCCCACCAAGCACCACAUCCCCUGUUAUAGCAAUAGUGCCAGUGGACUUCCUUAGAACACGGGAAGUGGAAGGAGGCACCAGCGUUGUCACAUUAGAGUAGGGGAUAGGAUCUUGUUAAUCCCGUCCUCCCAGACAAACUCCCAGACAAUCCACUCUUUGUUGAGUUUCUAAUCCCAGAACUCUUGAGCCAGAUAAGGAAGGGCUGUAGGACGCCUGGCUCAGACGUGGAGAGGUGUGGAGUCGAGCAUGGACAGGCUGGGAGUCCUCAAGGACCAGAUCAGUGACCUCUGUGUUAGAGCUGUUUAUUUUUAUGUUCGUUGUUUAUGAUGUUGAUGAUGUUGUUGACCCACUAUGAUGUAUUGUAACACAUUAUUGUUGUGGUGCUCUAGUGGUAAAUAAAUUAUUUAAGUUACAAGGGAA